GCCACAAAGUGAAAGUAAUAAUGAAAAAAUAGAAGACUCAGAUAGUUCAACAAGUGAAGAAGAUAAAAUUCUAUCUGGUAAAGAAAAUACAAAUAGCUCUUAUAGAUAUAAAAAAAAUACUAGAAUAAAAAAUUCUGAAAAGAAUAUAGAUGAUUUCAAUAAUGUUGAAUAUUUACCAGUUGCCAAUACUACUAGUCUUCUUAAAAAAGUUCAGGCAACUAAUUUCUUAUCACUUAAUAAGUUGUGA